UCUGCCCUUAUUAUCUCCAUUGACCGCCAAUUUCCUCCUCUCAAAGCUCGGUAGAUUCCAUAUCGCAUGCGCGGAAUCGCAAGCUGAUCGAUUAGCCUGAGAGAUCGAGAAAGUAGCAAGCUAAGCUAGUUGGUAUGAUCGGAGGAGGGGGGAACCCCUACUUCGUGCAGAACCAGCUGUUCCACCAUGCCCUCGAUGGCAUGGACGGCGGGUUCAUGGAGCCGCCGGCGUCCGAUCCGGCCGACGCACACUGCCACGCGCUGCUCUACAACCUGUCCGUGCUCAGGGACAAGGUGCAGCAGCUGCAGCCGCUCGUCGGGCUCGCGGUCGAGCACGAUGGGCCCGGCGGCGCCGCCGUGUCCAGCGCCGGCGCCGUCAUCCAGGAGAUCAUCACCGCCGCCUCCUCGAUGAUGUACGCCUUCCAGCAACUUUGCGGCCUGCACGCGGGUGCACAGUCAUCUACGACCGCCGCUAAUGCGGCGCCGGCGGUUACCAAUAAUAUCGCCGCCGCCGCCGUUGGCCAUGCCAAGAACAGCGGCAUGCCGGAUACUGACCCCCAGGCGGCCGUCGUCAUGGACCAUCAUGUCAUGCAGCAGCAGUGGCAGCCGCAGCACCACCACCGCUGCGGCUACGGCUACGACAACCGUAUCCACGCCAGGACGGCCGUGCCAUCGCAGUCGCAGUCGCAGCCGGCGACCGCGGCCACGACGGCCGAGGAGGAGGCCGGCGGCGGCGGCACGAUCAUCGAGCUGGACGCGGCGGAGCUGCUGGCCAAGUACACGCACUACUGCCAGGUGUGCGGCAAGGGGUUCAAGCGCGACGCCAACCUGCGUAUGCACAUGCGCGCGCACGGCGACGAGUACAAGAGCAGCGCGGCGCUGGCGAACCCGGCCAAGGCCGCCGGCGCGGGGGACUCCGCCGCGGCGGCGACGACGAGCAGCAGGUCGUACUACUCGUGCCCGCAGGAGGGUUGCCGGUGGAACCGGAAGCACGCCAAGUUCCAGCCGCUCAAGUCGGUGAUCUGCGCCAAGAACCACUACAAGCGGAGCCACUGCCCCAAGAUGUACGUGUGCAACCGCUGCAACCGCAAGCACUUCUCCGUGCUCUCCGACCUCCGCACCCACGAGAAGCACUGCGGCGACCACCGCUGGGUCUGCUCCUGCGGCACCUUCUUCUCCCGCAAGGACAAGCUCAUCGGACACCUCGCCCUCUUCACCGGACACCACCCCGCCGUCCCGCUCGACAGGCAACCCAACGGCGGCGGCAGGAGGCUGUCGUCGUCGACGGCAUCGGCCUCGCAGCUAGGUACGUAACGUGAUGGCAGAUGUACCUGAUCAGAAGCUGUGUAAUGUACACUAUCGUUAGUAUCAUCAGCAUAUACAUAUAUAUAAAAAUGCCCAUUCUGCCAAAAGAAGAAAACUGCAGCGCAUGAGUUUGGUUGCUGUUUUUUCCUUUACAUCUAAGAUGAAUAAAAGGAACUGCAAUCAAACUCAUGCUGCUGCUGUUCUUGUUGUGUACAUCAAUUGGCAUAGGGUUGUAAUUACAAAUUAGUGUGAUGGAUGGAUGUGGUUUUAUUAGUUUUGGUUUUGGUUAAAUGGUACCGUAUACAGCACUAGCUCCAAUAAGAUGGCUUUUCAUAGUAAAUGGGACCAACUGGCUUGUUUACUUUCA